CCUCCUCUCUCCAUGGCUUGCAGGUGGCCAUCAAACGCGUGUCCCGGGAGAGCGUCCUGCAGUGGGACGAGCUGCCCGACGGCACCCGCGUGCCCAUGGAGGUCGUGCUGAUGGAGAAGGUGGGCUCCAGCUGCUACAACAUCAUCCAGCUCCUCGACUGGUUCGAGCUGCCUGACAGCUUCGUGCUGGUGCUGGAGCGUCCGGAGGCAUGGCAGGAUCUCCUGCAGCUCCUGCUGGAGCAGGAGUUCCUGUGCGAGGAGAUGGCGCGCUGGCUUUUCGUCCAGGUGCUGGAGGCCGUGCGGCACUGCACCGCCUGCGGCGUCCUGCACCGGGACAUCAAGCCGGCGAACCUCCUCGUGGACCCGGAGAGCGGCGACCUGAAGCUCAUCGACUUCGGUUGCGGCACCUUCCUCCAGGAGCGGGCCUACACGCGCUUUGCCGGAACGCACGCCUACAGCCCGCCCGAGUGGGUCUGCCUUGGCUGCUACGACGGCCAUGAAGCCACCGUUUGGUCCCUGGGCGUGCUGCUGUACGUCAUGGUCUGCGGGAGACUCCCCUUUGAGGACGACCAUGCCAUCCUGCUGGGGCAGCCCUUCUUCUGGCAGCAGGUCUCUCCAGAGUGCCAGCAUCUGAUCCGCUGGUGCUUGACCAAGCACCCCGCUUACAGGCCACAGCUGGAGGAGAUCUUGCGCCACCCUUGGGUGCAGGGCAGGCGCUUUUGACACCUUGCUGGAGCCCCUGCUGCGCCCACGUACAGAAUCCCACACAGGACUGAGGACCCGAGAAAUAAAACAACAACAAACCCAU